AUGUCUCAACAAAACCACCCUGAUUAUACUCCUAGUUUACGAGGAGAUUAUUAUAAGCCUGGAGGACCAGCUUAUGUGGCUGCCCAGACACUCGGUGCCGUCCAAACUGUAGGAGAUGCAAUUACUCCAUUCAUUCCUUUAUUCACCAUGGUUGCGAACGUUCUUAAACAAAUGUUGGAUAUUUAUGAUAAUGCAAAAUGUAAUGAAAAAAUAUGUGCUGCUUUAUUAGAUCGUGUUGAAAUUGCACAAACUGCUGUUAAAUCAUUGCAACGUAAAUAUCAGGCAAAUGAAAAAAAUUUUAGAAAUCAAGAUUAUUAUCAUGCUUGGGUUAGAUUUGUUAAUGUUUUGGAGAAUAUUAGGAAAUUUGCUAAAGAAGUUACACAAUUGACAUACUAUCAAAAGUUUAUAAAUGCCAAUGCUGUUAAAGAAGCUUUUGAAAAAAAUAUUAAAGAAUUUGAAGAAGUUUGUGGUGAUUUAAACUUUACUAUGGCUAUGUACAAUGCUGAACAAAGAGAAAUAGAGGCACAAAAUGUAGCAGAAGAUCUAGAGAUUUUGAAAAAGUCAAUGGAUGACAUGAAAGAUGAAAUUAAGGCUGAAAUUAGGUUAGCAAUAACAGAAAUUUCCAUGGAUAAAAUGGGACUUACACUGAUCGAAGAGUACAAAGCUCCCAGUGUAGAUCCAAAAGAAUUACAAGAUCCAUUUUCUUCUAAAGAUAACGUUCGUGGAACCAACAAAACUGUUCGUAAAAAAAUUUUCCGUGGAAUGGAGGUAGCAUGUAAAAAAGUUACAUUGGUUAAAGGCAAUUAUGGACCUUUCGAUCACGCAAAUCUGAAAAAACAGCAAAAUGAAUUAGCUGCACUUCUCAAAUUAUUUUUCUGUCCGUACAUUAUUAACUUUUAUGGGAUUUCGUAUAUAGAAAAUAGUGAAGUUAUGAUUUACGAUUGGGCUCCAUAUAGUAAUCUACGCGAAAUGUAUUCAAAAUAUGAUAUCGAUUGGCCUACAAAAUUACGGUUUGCGCGUGAUAUAUUUAACGGUCUAGUAUUUAUGCAUCAAUUUAGUCUUUAUCAUCAUGACGUUCGUUGUGAGAAUAUCUUGGUCACUCAUGGAUUUGAGCCUAAAAUUUCAAAUUUAGGCACUAUAAUAGGAACAACUAUAUCAAGACACGAUAUUUUUCGAUGGUUGGCACCCGAAAUGAUGCGAAAAUCCCUAAAAGGAGGUACACAAAGAUAUAAUCAUCAAUGUGAAAUGUACAGCUUUGGAAUGAUGCUUUGGGAGCUUUGUCAUCAAAGGUUUCCUUAUGAUGACAUGGAAGAUAUAAGUGAAAUCCAAGAACAUGUUUUGAGUAAAAAACGAGAAGCUUUUGAAAACUCUCUUUGCCCAUCACCAAUUCAAAAAGAACUUUAUAAACUCAUUAAAAGGGCUUGGGAUGUUGAACCUUCAGCACGUCCUUCUGACAUGGAAAUGCAACAUAAACUUAAAGAACUUUAUCAAGAGCAUCUUGAUAAAAUAAAUGGUUCAAAGGACAUAGACGAAAUUAAAAAAAUUAAAAAGCAAGUUAAUGAUGGGCUCGAUAAAAUAAAAGGGUCUAAUUACGUAAAUGAAUUAAUAAAACAUAAAAUUAAAUUUUGGCUUGAUUGGCUUGACGACCUUGAAGACAUAAAAGUUUCAGAUAACGUAUACAAAAUUAACGACCUUGACGAGAUUGACGACAUAAAAGUUUUAGAUAACGUAUACAAAAUUAACGACCUUGACGAGAUUGACGACAUAAAAGUUUCAGAUAACAAAUACAAAAUUAACGACCUUGACGACAUUGACAACAUAAAAGUUUCAGAUAUCGUAUACAAAAUUAUAAAGCAACUUAAAUAUUGGCUUGAUAAAAUAAAAGAUUCAGAAGACUUAGACAAAAUUAUAAUUAAAGUUUCAGAUAACGUAGACGAAAUUAUAAAGCAACUUAAACAUUGGCUUGAUAAAAUAAAUUAUUCAGAAGUAGACAAAAUUAAAAAACAAAUUAAUGAUCAGCUUGAUAAAAUAAAAGGUGCAUAUUAUGUAAACAAAAUUAUAAAACAUCAAAUUAAAUAUUGGCUUGACGAAAUAAAAGGUUCGGAUAUCGUAGACAAAAUUAUAAAAUUUAUAUAUUGGCUGAAUAAAAUUGAAGAUUCAGAUAUCGUAGGCAAAAUUAUAAACCUUAAACAUUGGUUUAAUAAAAUUGAAGAUUCAGAGAAAUUAAACGAAAUUACAAUAAAAGCUCCAAUUAAUUUAAACAAAAUUAUAAACCAAUUUAAAUAUUGGUUUGAUGAAAUAAAUGAUUCAGACGUGGACGAAAUUAAAAAACAAAUUAAUGAUCAGCUUGAUAAAAUAAAGGAUUCAGAUUAUGUAAACGAAAUUAUAAAACAUCAAAUUAAAUGUUGGCUUGACGAAAUAAAUGUUUUAGAUCUCGUAGACAGAAUUAUAAAACUUAAAUAUUGGAUUUAUAAAAUUAAAGAUUCAAAGAAAUUAGACAAACUUACAAAAAAAGUUUCAAAUAACUUAGAUGAAAUUAUAAACCUAUUUAAAUCUUGGCUUAAUAAUAAAAGUGAUUCAAAGAACGUAAACGAAAUUAAAAAACAGAUUAAUGAUCAACUUGAUAAUAUAAAAGACUCAGAUUAUAUAAAUGAAUUUAUAAAAUAUCAGAUUAAAUGUUGGCUUAAAAAAAUAAAUGAUUCAAAUGACGUAAAAGAAAUUAUAAAGCAACUUAAUAAAAUUAAUGAUUCUAAGAAAUUAGGCGAAAUUAUGAUAAAAGUUUCAGUUAACGUAGACGAAAUUAUAAAGCAACUCAAAGAUUGGCUUGAUAAGAUAAAUGGUUCAGGAGUUGAUGAAAUUAGAAAACAAAUUAAUUAUCAGCUUGAUGAAAUAAAAGAUUCAAAUUACAUAAAUGAAUUUAUAAAACAUAAAAUUAAAUGUUUGCUUGACGAAAUAAAAGUUUCAGAUAUUAUAGACAAAAUUAUAAAGCUUAAACAUUGGUUUGAAGAUUCAGAGGAAUUAGACGAAAUUAUUAUAAAAAUUUCUGAAAGAUUAACCGAAGUUACUACAAGAGUUUCAAAAAAUUUAGACGAAAUUAUAAAACCACUUAAAUAUUGGCUUGAUGAAAUAAAUGAUUCUGAAGAUGUAGAAGAAAUUAAAGAACAAAUUAAUGAUCAGCUUGAUAAAAUAAGAGAUUCAGAUUAUAUAACCGAAAUUAUAAACCAUAAAAUUAAAUGCUGGCUUGAUAAAAUUAAAGUUUCUGAUAACGUUAACGAAAUCAAAAAACAAGAAAUUAGUUAUUGGUUUGAUAAAAUAGAAGGUUCAGAUGACGUAGAUGAAAUUAUAAAACAACUUAAAUAUCAAUCAGAAGACGUAAAUAAAAUAAAAGAUUCAGAUAAUGUAGACGAAAUUAUAAAACAACUUAAAUACUGGAUUAAUAAAAUAAAAGGUUCUGAAGACGUAGAAAGACUUAAAAAACGAAUUAAUGAUCAGCUUGAUAAAAUAAAAGGUUCGGAUGACAUAGAUAAAAUAAAAGGUUCAGAUGACAUAGAUAAAAUUAUAAAACAAAAGAUUAAAUGUUGGCUUGAUGAAGUAAAAGUUUCAGAUGACAUAAACGAAAUCAAAAAAUGUGAGAUUAGUUAUUGGCUUGAUAAGAUAAAAGGUUCAGAUAACAUAGUCGAAAUUGAAAGGCAAAUUAAAUAUUGGCUUAAUGAAAGAAAAAGUUCAGAUGACAUAGACAAAAUUAAAAUGCAAAUUGAAUGUUGGACUGAUAAAAUAAAAGGUCCAAAUGACAUAGACGAAAUUAAAAAACUUAUCGAUUAUCAGCUUAGUAAAAUAAAAGGUCUAGACAACGUAACCGAAAUUACAAACCAGUUUUUGGAAUCUGACAAAAUAAUUAGUGAAUUACCACUUAAUACGCAAAAACAUACAGACAAAAUGUAUACAAGUAAAACCAUUAACACGCAACAGAUAUCAAAAAUAUUAAGCAAACCUAUUGAAAAUAUGGAAAUUCCUGAAGAUUGUUGA